GUGUUGCUAAACAAUCAAACACUAACACCGCUCUCGGGGGAGCGUUCAUGUGGCAAAAUGGAUCCUAUCAUAUAAUUGAUACAUAAAAGUUUUCAAGUUCCACCAAUACCACGAACAUCAACUUCCCCUGCUGACACUUUCGCUCUGGCGUGCGAUUUGACGGUCUGAUAGAUACUUUAAUUCCAACUAUCUAUCUCGCCGGUUCGAGACUUGACCCCCUUCCUUUUGCUUCGUCGCCGUUAAGUCAUGUCCCACACGUCUCCCUCGAGUUAUCUCAUAUGGGCAAUCCUUUCUUGCAUGCUCGGUAUUUUCCUCGUAUACCACCUCUACGCGUUCGAUAAAUUCAAAUGUCUCAAGUGGAACAACGGCCCUUAUUCUGGGGCUUUCAAAAGAAUUAUGACCUACUCGUAUCUACUGAGCAUACCGUUAAUUAUAACGUACUCAGUGGGAUUUGCGAUCAUAAAAUACAAGGAAGGAUAUGUUUACUUGGAGCUGGAAGGAGUGGUACCAACACCGUAUCAGCUAUGGGCACCUCUAUCGAAAUCUGCUAUCUUCCCUUUGACCCUCUGCUUCACAAUGGCGUGGGCUCUCGAAAUGGUCACUCAUUUGGAAGAAUUAUGCUUCUGGCUUUUCCUCGUCAAUGCGCAAGGUGGCCAACAAGACUGGUUCCACAGUUAUUAUUUUCGAACGUGGAUAGUGGGCUCUUGCGUCGCUGUCCUAUACAUGCCUCUGGUUACAAUCUUCACCCGCAGUAACCCGCUGACAAACGAAGCAUUCACUUUCCUCGCCGGUAGCCUGGGAAGUCUGUCCCUCACAAUAUGGUUCAUGCCUAUAUUGUGGACCUUCCCGUCAUUCUUGCAUAAGCUGAAAUCGGAAGGAGCUGAUAAUGCCACCGUCAUAAGACUCACCAAAUUUCACGAGCUAAAUACCGUCCGGGUCUUGUGUCGAUACUUAUUUACUGUUCCGCUGCUAGUUCUAGGGGUUGAUGGUGCUCGACCACAUCAACACAUUAAUGAAAACCCAUUCUGGACGGAUUUCCUUACUUUCAUUGCAGCUGUAGGUUGCAUGAUAUCCUCCGGAAUCACCCUCAUCAUUUUCUUCCCUCGUUCUGUGGAAAGCGAGAUCGCUGCGCGCGAUGCAUCCAGAGAAAGAAAGCGACUCAGGUCUCAAGGAAGUGCGAUAGAAAUUCGUGGAACAGAUUUCGGGACAUCAAUGUCGAUAUCGGAGCCUCCAGCAUCAUAUUCUCGCUUCCAUGAUUCUUUGGCUGUUAAAACGAACUACUCAUUGCACGACUUUUCUCCAGAGAGCCACGAGGUCUCUUUCAACUCAGAGGAUAAAAUAGCUGCGAUGGAAAGGGAGGAAUAUCCUCUCAGUGAACUGCCCCAUUCCUCAACGAUCCGCCCGAACCGUAAACGCGGAGACGACGUGGAAUUGGGUGGAAUUGGCUCUCUUACAGAAGCUAAUCUUUCCAGACAUAAUGUUUAUUCAUCUGUGAAUCUCAUGGUUCAUUCGUAUACAUCACCUAUUAGUGCGUCUGAUUCUCCUUUUUCCGUGCUCGUUCCCAAGGCCUAAUCGACGACUGCUUGUCCUAGACAUGAUAUACGCAGGCAACAACCGUUCGGAAGCGUCACGUCUGACCUUCACACGUCGUUAAUUCGUAUAUUCAACUCAUCGGAGGAUCCGUACCCUAUUUGUGCUGUGGUUGUCUUUAAUAUAUAUCUAUGGCUGACUCUGUUGUAGCAAGUUUCGUGAAAGGGCAGAUGUUUUAUCUAGCAGUGCGAGGAAGUGCAGACGGCGCUGUGAGCUUCAAUCUAGUCAUCUCCUUUCAUCAUUGCCAUUGUAGUGUCAUGCAAUUACCCCACGAUUUUCAUGCCG